AUGUCGACUAUUGCCUGCCCCCGCGAAUCCUCUCUCCCCCGCCGUCAAAUACCUCAGAUUCAUACCCCGACUGGCUCUUCGCGCGCCAGCAUUGACAGUCCCUGGAUCGGUAGCUCAUCCCCCAAUCGGGGCCCAGCACCACGGCGGAACCGCGCGGCCCUACGGGAAUACUAUAAUAUUAAAUCUGCGGAGGCUGAAUCAGGGAAAGGGGAUAUCGACGAUGCUAGCAGUGAAUACUCGAUUAAUGACCAGAGUGAUGUCCAAGAGAGCGAGAUGGACCAGGAGGGGUUUGAUGGGGAGGUGUAUGUGAAGAGGGUGCUGGAGACACAAAAUUUACAGGAGCUGUUGAGGACAUAUAAUGGUGUGCUGACAGACAUCAGAGCUUUGGACGCAGAGAAGAAGGCGCUUGUUUAUGACAAUUACUCGAAACUCAUUGCCGCUACUGAGACUAUAAGGAAGAUGAGGGCUAAUAUGGAUCCAUUAAAUCCGAUGGCCUCGACGCUGGACCCCGCAAUUGCACAGAUAUAUGAGAGGGCGAAUGCUGCCAAGGCUGAUCUGAGGGCUUCAAUGACUUUAACCCAGCAUGCCGAGGCAGAGAUGAGCGAAGAGGAUAGGGAGAAGGCGGUGAAGAAGAGGAAGGCAAAAGAUGCGGUUAGGAAGGUGCUUGAUACCCCUGAGAGAUUACGAACUUUGGUAGCGGAUGGCAACGAAGAAGAUGCGAGAAACGUGUGGGAGCCAGUCCUCAGAGUUCUAGAGAACUGGAAAGAACAAGGCAAAGGCGGAAUGGAUGUGCAGGAUUGCAUAGAUGACGGCGAAGCGGCAUUACGUGGGGAGCCCCCGAACGAGCGAAGUUGGGUCAAUAUAAAGGCAAAAAGAUAA